CUCAGAUUCGCGGCCUGGUCCCGCUGCCGCUCCCGCCGCCGCCGCCAUGAAUAUCCUUCCGAAGAAGUCAUGGCACGUUCGGAACAAGGACAAUGUGGCGCGGGUGCGGCGGGACGAGGCGGCGGCCGAGGCGGAGCGGAGGAAACGAGACGCGCGCGCGCUGCGGGCGGAGCAGGAGGUGCGCACGGAGCUCCUGAGGAAGCGGGCGCGGGCCGGGGGUCGCAGCCCCUCACCCACGGCCUCCCCCGUGCUGUUCCCCCCGCCUGAGGAGGGCCCGAACCGCGAGCACGAGGCGGAAAAAAGGCGGGAACAGGAGCGCCGGGAGCGAGCUCUGGGGGUCCUGACCUACCUGGGCCAGAGCGCGGCCGAGGCUCAGACCUGCCCCCCCUGGUACCUGCAGCCCCCCAAACGUGGGGAGGGGGCUCAGGGGGGUCCCCACGAGGCGCAGGAGAAGCGCAAGGCGGUGCUGGAUCCUCUCCUGGACAUCAGGAAGGGGCUGGGCCGAGUCCCCAACCCCAAAAAAUCCCCCAAGGAAAAAGCAAGGAGCCCUCCCAGAGCCCCCCCGGAGCAGGGUGGGGGCACAGGGCUGGAGGAGCUGCGCCGGCAGCGCUUGGCCCGCGAGGCGUCCGAGGCCGCGCGGAGCCGGGAGCUGCUCCGGGGGCUCCGGGACCCCCAAAAACCCCGGGAGCCCCAGAACCCCCCCCAGGAACGGCAGCGGCCCUACAACAGCCAGUUCCACCCCAGGCUGGCACGGGGGGGGCCAAAACACACCUGAGAGCCUCCAAAAUCCACCUGGAACCCCCCCAGAAUUCACAUGGAACAUUCCAAAUCUGCAAUGGACAGUUCCACUCAGAACGGACAUGGGGGGGGCCAAAAUUCACCUGGAACCCCCCAGAAUUCACAUGGAACAUUCCAAAUCUGCAAUGGACAGUUCCACCCGAGGCUGGCACGGGGGGGGCCAAAACACACCUGAGAGCACCCAGAAUUCACCUGGAACCCCCCCAGAAUUCACAUGGAACAGCCCAAAAUCUGCAAUGGACAGUUCCACCCAGAACGGACAUGGGGGGGGCCAAAAUUCAUUUGGAACCCCCCCAGA